CCUGUUAAAGCAGAGAUAGGGGAUGAGACUCUCCGAGUUGAGAUGUUUCUAUAAGGCAUGUAGGCCUGUUGUAGACAUGAUAAAAAUGGAAUAUUGACUAUAAAUUUACACACAUGAACAUUUCUUUACACCAGUGCACAUGAUGAGCUGGACAGACAAACAUAACCAGUAGCAGAACACCCACACCACAUGUGCUAUACAAAAGGACACGCACUAUUCAUUUAUCCCAACAGCCCUAAAGCAGCAAUUUCAUCAAAAACAAACAUCUAAAAAAAAAAAAAAAAUAGGGUGCACUUUCAUUCAAACUGUUUCUUAUUCUCCUUAAACCUACUCUAAGUGUUUCAUAAUGAACAUCCCAAGUGUUUCUGUCUGGAAAGCUAGUAAUGGAAUAUUUAUAGAAUAUUUCUGGGAAUACUUGUGGGAAACUCUGGUUGUAACAAGCAUCUUUGUUCUACUGAAACACAAUUUUUUUCAAUUUCUUCUUCUUGGUGUCUUUCUUUCUGUGCCUGAGUCUCUCUGCUAUGUUUCUGUCUUUGUGUCUCAUCGUAUAUCCAGUGUGUGUCUGUCUUCCUACCACUUUUUUUUCACUGCUUUUUCAACAACCUCAAAACCUGAGCUCAGUCAGAGCCUCAAUAUGAAUCUCAUAUGUAAUGCAUUGCCAUAGUAGCCAUUGCAUAACAGAAAUCCCUUAGAACUCAUCUAUCUUACAGGCUGUUCUCUGCUCAUUGUAGCACCAUGGCACUAUGUAUAAUAGGCGCACUCUUACUGAAAACUCUUUAACAACUGCCCCUCAUUGUGCGUGCCUCAUGACGCCUGGAAACAGCUGUAAUCUCAAGUAAUUCCCACCACAGCCAUUCACUCUUGCUUGCAAAUGUGAAUUCUUUAUUUUUGUCCAUUAAGCUGGCAAAACAAAUGUUCGAGGCUCACCAUUAUAUGCAUGUUUUUAAUGCACCGCAGAGUGACAGAUAACACUGACAGAAUCUGAGUGUGCUUUCUCACGUGCGCCAUAAUUUGCAACUCCAGCCUGACAUUUAUAAAUUGAAGCCUCAGCAUAUGCUCGAUGUAAACAUGUCCCAGAGCGCAUUACGGUUAAAUGUUGCAAGAUGUUUUUGAAAAAGCACAAAAUACUCACAUGGUUAGAAAAUCUGUCUGCAGCAGGAAGACUGUCCUUAUAAAUGCAAUUAAAAGUUUACGUGUGCUUGCUUUGUCAUACAACAGAGACAACACAACAGUUUAGUGUAACUGAGACAUUUCAUCAUAUCAGUGAGACUCAGUAGCAAUGUGAGUUUGUAUGGUUUCAGUUUUGAAUUAUUACAGUUCUAAUCCAGAUGUCCAUGGCUAAUGUGGGAUGGAUUAGUGAGCAAUAUGAGUAUCCACUGUAGUUCAAAACUAAGGAAAAUUGUUGGUUUGACCGCCAACAUAAGCUAGGUUUACUGACUGGUUCAGUUUAACUACUUACCACUUUAGGCAUUGUUAGAGGCAAAGCAUUUUUAUCUGUGAAAAUCCUCUAAAACUUGGGUAAAAGUGAGUAAUUAAGUAAAGAACUGCAUUAAUUAAAAAAAAACUGUUCUGUGUGUAAUACAUUUUUUGAGCAAUGACCCCAACACUGAUCACAACAAAGAGGGUAAGUACCUCCAACAUGUGCAAACAUUUGACCCACAGAAUGCGAUUCAUUUGCACAAAUGUGAUGUGUUUGAUGUGCUGCUUAGAGAUGAUGGUUACUCUCAAAGUGAGAGAACUCAUUGAGAAUCUAUGGGAAAAUCAAUAAGGAAUCAAAAUGAUAACUGAUAUCAGGAAUACAAUUGGAAUUGCUUAAUUCUUUCAUUUCCCAUCCUUAGACACGACUGUGACAAAACUAGCUUAGUGCCCACACUGUGCGGCAAUUAUGGCAUACUGUGUGUGGUUGAAUGUAGCUGGAAUUGUUUACAUGUUGAUCUGAUCUGUGGUUGAUUUAGCAGGAUCUGAGUAUAAAUUCAGAUUGUUUCAUGUAACUUAUGUGUGGUUAUUUAUAGAUAUUUGUGUAAUUUUCAUGCAAAUUAGGUCUACCCAACAAGUGGACCGUAAAUUCACCCCGUGGCAAGACUUCAAAAGUAGCCCAGUUCUGUGGGAAAUUACGGACUUGGCAACACUGCCGCUAACUGUCUUUGCUUAGUCACUUCAAAAGAGUAUAAAGUGAUGAAUUCUUUCAGCUCUGUUUCUCUUCUUCUAAUCCUGGGACAUAUUUGCUGCCCCAUGUGAAUGACACGUGAGAAUUUCACACUUUUCUGGAAUCUAUAAAACACGAAUAGCCAAAUCAACCACAUAUAUAAACAAACAUAUUAAGAGCUAUUUACAGUCACUAAUGAUGAAAUACUUACUUGAAGAGCUGUGUGCAUGUGUGAAAAACUUAAACUGAUAACGUUAGGUGCAAAGAACUAUUCUUGAAGGUUACCUAACUUUCUCUGAUAGACAGUCAUGGCCUUGGACAGCAUAAUUAAAGCCAACGUCGGUUUAAUUUACUCGGUGGGUUCAAUAAUUAUUAACUUAGAGAAAGCUCGGCUAAGAGGUGGGAGAGCACUAGGAACUGAGUGCACAGAAAGAACGCAGACUUUGGAGGAGAGAGCUAAGUGGCGAUGGAAAGAGAGAAAAAGAGAAAGAAGGGGACGUGAAAAGAGAGUUGUCCUGGAGGCAGAGCUAGUAAAUGAGUCAUCGACGUGGAUCUGCUAUCAGGUCUAUUCUAACAGUGCUACAAGUGAAUGGAUGCCUUAAAGCCAGGUAGUCACUCUGUCUACACAAAGCCAACUCCCCUGGUACCUCACAUCACAGCUGGGACUCUGCUCAGCUCCGAUCGUCCUGACCCAUUUCAGUGCACAGAUACGCACACACACACGCUCGACCACACACACAUAUAUACACCAACUGACAGUUGCAAACAGACCCAUGCAUUCAUACAAAGCAAAGCAGCCACACGCAAAACACUUACAUACUGUAUGUGCCAAGCUUCAUUUAUGCUCUACUGAGUCUGUUCGUGUCACAACUUUGCAGAUGUUUUAGCCAUGGGGACAUGAACACUAAAUUUGCAGAAAUUCUCUUCCCGGUCGUUUGGUUGGAACAGCGGGUUUUGAAAUGAUAAUGAAUCUGUGGGCCAGGAUUUCCCACAUGGCAUCAUGUCUAGAGUGGAAACAGAAGAAAUAGAAUAAGGCAGCACUGGAAAGCAACAGCAAAAGAUGUUUUUUUGUAUUGCCAAAUGUAAAAGUCAAAUUCUGGCUGAACUAGGUAGAUAAAGCAGUCGGCUUUUCUGAGAAUAAUAAAAUGUUAAAAAAUCCGAGGUUAAUGUUACUGCUGCAGAGUGCAGAUGGCUCCCCAUACAGUUAAUUUGGAGUUCAAAGUCUUGCUCUGUCAGUCAAUAGCUGGUGAGCACAAGCAAUAUAAAAACAAACUACAUAUACACCCAAAAUAAAUCAUGGAUAAAAUGCUGACUCACAGUGCGAAAAAAAGAAAACACAGAUAUGAGUCUUAUUGCAUUCCAACACAUGCGAUUUCAGAUGUUGAUUGCAGGUGUAAUAAACACCUAUAAUAACUUCAUUACACAUACUUAUGUCACACAGAGGUUAAAGAGGUUAAAAGAAAAAUCACGCACAAAGUGGGAGAGGCAGCGUAUAGGUCAGAUUCCAAAACCUUAUAAAUACUCCGGUAAAACUGACCAUCCAAACUCAGUGUGUGAUCAUAAGUGUGGAAAAAAAAAUAUCAGAGAGCAUGAAGACAGACGGUGUGAUGCUGCAUCCUCUGGCAUCAGGAGAUGGCCCUGAGCCUGAGCUGAUGUGUAUCUUUGGGACUGGGGACUUAGGACGCUCUCUGGGCCUGCGUCUGCUCCAGUGCGGCUACAGGGUGGUGUAUGGCAGCCGCAGACCUCACAGCUGUGGCCCCUUGCCUGAGGGAGCUCAGGUGAUGACCCAUGAAGAAUCAGCCCGGUCUGCCAAGAUGAUCUUCGUUUGUGUUCACAGAGAACACUAUGAAUUUCUGGAGAAGAUGGCACCUCAGCUUGAAAGAAAGGUGGUGGUGGACCUCAGCAACAACUUGAAGAAAAACAUGUACAUGGAAGCAAAUGCCAUCUACUUGCAGAGGCUGGUCCCUAAAGCGGCCGUAGUGAAAGGCCUUAACACCCUGUCCGCCUGGGCCCUGCAGAAUGGACUUCUGGCAGGAAGACAGGUGUACCUGUGUGGGAACAAUGAAGAAGCAAAACGGGAUGUGGCAGAGAUGGCCACCAAACUAGGCCUCACUGUUGUGGACAAAGGGUCCCUGUCAGCUGCUAAAGAGGUGGAGGACUUCCCUCUGCAGCUGUUCCCAGAGUGGAGGAUGCCUUUGUACGUGGCUUUCGGCCUCUCCGCCUUCUUUUUCUUGUAUUUGGUCAUUAGAGAUAUCGUCUAUGCAUAUGUGGAAAAUGAUGAAGAUAUCUCUUACCGCAUAAUGAUAUCCCUGGCCAACAAGAUCACUCCAGUCGUGUCCCUCAUUAUGCUGGCGCUCUGCUACCUCCCCGGAGCUAUAGCUGGGUUCCUUCAGCUCUACAGAGGGACCAAGUACAGCCGUUUCCCCAACUGGCUAGAUCGCUGGAUGCUGUGCAGGAAACAGUUGGGUCUUCUUGCACUAGGCUUUGCGUUGCUCCAUGUUAUCUACUCAUUAAUCAGUCCUGCCCGCUACUCUGACAGACAAAGAGUCAUCUCCAAUGUGUUGAAUGAGGUGAAGAAAAAUACUACCACUCCACUUUACUUUGACAAUACCAGCGCAUGGCGCAAUGACUCAUUAUAUGCACUGGGAAUCCUGAGCUUCUUUCUUUUUGUCCUGCUGGGGCUAACAUCCUUGCCCUCUGUUGGAGGCACUCUCAGCUGGAGAGAGUUCAGCUUUGUUCAGUCGACGCUGGGCUACCUGACUCUUUUACUCUCCACUGCACAUUGCUACAUUUAUGCCUGGGAUAGAUUCCUUCGCAAAUCUACGUAUAAAUGGUACACUCCUCCGGACUCCAUGCUCUGUCUAAUUGUUCCUUCGGUGACACUGGUGCUCAAGCUGAUCCUCGUCCUCCCCUGUGUGAACCGUCCGCUCAUGCGCAUUCGCCAAGGCUGGGAACGCAACCGGCCAAAGGAUGAGAUGGGUGAACUCAAGGCCACUAACAUGUAAUCCAGGGUUGCUGAAUGUUUCAAUGACAUGUUAUAUUAACAAUUUUCAUUUGUAGGCAAUCAUAAAGUAGGAAAAAUGAAACAGCAUAACGAUUUUGCACAAAGUAUAUUUUAGGAGACUAACUAUUAGUUAUGUAAAGAAGAAGAAAGACCAGCGGUUCCAGUGGUGAGUUAGUGUGUGAUCCUGCCUGUUCCUGACUUUGCAAUACUGAGAGAAAAGUUAGGUUUAUGCUGGCCAAAUUGACACGCUUCUGUUGAUAUAAAUAUUUUUAAUGUGUAUUUUCUUUGAGCAUUGAAACCCCCCACACAUUUCAGAUGUUUGUGUUGUAUCUUUUUCACCAAAUGUGCUGAAAAAUAGAUUGCUAUCCCCUGUUGAAAUCCACUGUUUUGAUAAACAUAGGCAAUAGUUUCUGUAUUCCACUCUCCUUUCCCUUCAAGUGGAGCAAUUGUAUCCCUGAGGUUGCUCUCUUUUCAGGAUGUUAUUGAUCUCCCUGCUUUCUGACACAAAUAUCUCACUACCCAUACCUGCCUCCGUCUCAAGAGCACACUAAGACACACAUGCUUAUGAUGCACAUACACAGCAUAAAGGUGAGUAAUUUAAUUGGAUUUCUGCAUGCAGAUUAUAUGAAAAAAAA